GAAAGGAAAAACGCAUUUACUAAGCCUUUUGCAGCAGCAACUCAUUAUUUUCUUGUAGUUACAAGCUUUUUCAAGCAAUUAUAUUGGUUAUGAAAGACGAACAUUCAUCCAAACUGACGUACAUGUAACCACGCUUCUUUGCUAAAGAGAGGAGGCCGCCAAACGCAGGAACGAAAAUUUGUGAGCACGCACUCGGAGGCGUGCUAAAAAACUUCCACUCGAGUUCAGUGAACAAAGUUCGCAAUGGAGUUUCUGGCUCUAUUCAUUGUGGCAUUGAUGCCAGUUCUGCAGAUACUCUUAAUUACCGCUUUUGGUCUAUUUCUUGGAACGGAGCGUAUAAAUCUCUUGGGGGCAAUUUCCAGGCCGUCUUUGAAUAAGCUAGUAUUUUUUGUGUUCAGUCCUUCACUGAUCGUCAGCAACCUGGCCGAUACAAUUACACUAGACAGUUUGGGAACCUUAUGGUUCAUGGUAGUGAAUGUCCUUAUCACAUUCCUUAUUGGUUCUGCACUUGCAUGGAUACUCGUAAAAAUCACAAGAGCUCCUCAACAUCUGCACAGCCUUAUCAUUGGUUGUUGUGCUGCAGGAAAUUUAGGGAACUUGCUUCUGAUUAUCCUCCCGGCAGUCUGUGAGGAGGAUGAUAGUCCGUUUGGAGAUUCUUCUGUUUGCUCUACUGAUGCAGAGGCUUAUGCUGCUCUUUCUAUGGCGUUAGGUGCAAUAUAUAUAUGGUCUUAUGUGUAUCCUAUCAUGCGGAUAUAUGCAAACAAGGCAACUAAAGACACUGGCACACAUGGCUCUACGACAAGGGAUAACAUUUCAGGAGAAACCUCGUAUUUACAUUCAGAGAUUGGCACAGAACCGCUCCUUCCUUCAGAGGGUUGCCCAAGCUCAGAGGAGUGUAUGGAUCAAGUUGAAAUCCAUUCUACUGGAUCCGAAGGAAAAGCAAAGGUAAUGUUUCUGGAAAAGACUAUGCUGCACCUUAAGAAGCUUACUGGGCUUGUGGACCUCAAAAAAUUGUUUGCGCCAUCUACAAUUGCAGCGAUUUUUGGGUUUGUCAUUGGAAUAGUCUCUCCAAUUCGAAAGGUAUUGAUUGGUGAUGAUGCUCCUCUUCGUGCCAUCUACAACUCUGUGAGUUUGUUAGGGGAAGCGACAAUACCAUCUAUGACACUGAUAAUUGGAGCAAACCUUCUUAGAGGUCUAAAAGGUGCCAGAGUAAGUCCAUCACUCAUUGUAGGGAUUAUCGCAAUUCGGUACAUCAUCAUGCCUUCACUGGGUAUUGGUAUUGUUAAGGCUGCAAACUAUUUUGGCAUGGUGGGAUCAGAUUCAUUAUAUCAGUUUACACUUAUGCUUCAGUAUGCUCUUCCACCUGCAAUGAAUGUAGGUACCAUUUCUCAACUGCUUGAGACAGGAGAGAGUGAAUGUUCUGUCAUUAUGCUAUGGACUUAUGCUCUGGCAACAUUCUCUCUGACACUAUGGUCGACCAUCUUCAUGUGGCUUGUUUCUUAAUCUGGAUUACUUGAUUCGUUUGAUGGUCUGAAAUAAUUUUUUAGACGGCAUAAAAACAUCCGAACAGAGACCUAGUUCUUUAUCA